AUGUGCAAACACAUUCUCAACGCGCAAGUCGCGAUUCGGUCGCCCUGCUGCAAAAAAUGGUUCGAUUGCGCCGAGUGUCACCAUGAGCAGGAAAAGCACCCCCUGCUCCAGAGCCUCGAAAUGGUCUUUGCCUGCAAGAAAUGCAAAAAGUGCUUCCGCAAAGACGCCCAGGAAUUCGAAGAUGCCGACGAGUACUGCCCACACUGCGACAACCACUUCGUGAUCGAGGCAAAGACGCCCAAAGCGGCCAUCUCCGUCGAGGGCGAGGACGCGCGCAAAGACAGCCGUAUGAUCAAGGAUGAGCGUGUCCGCCAAAUCGCCGGACGAUCAAUAUUCGACCCUACCGACGAUGCGGACAAACUGGGCUAA